UGGGAGGAGAGUCAGAGGCGGGGAGGUAGUGAGUGCGGCGGAGAGUCAAGAAGAGGAGGAGGAGGAGAGGCUGCAAAGACGCGUUAGUGGUGAACAGCGUGUUGUCAGGGCCGCGGCAGAAGCAGAGGUAAAGGUGAGGAGGUGGUGUUGUGAAGCGAGGCAGGAAGAGGAGGAGGUGGCGCCGUGCCCAGAGCCCGCACUCCCCAAUAUAAUCACGCGAGGCUCAGUUGGCAGUGCGUCGCCGUGUGGGGCGCGAGGGAACACACGGGGCCGCAGACACACCCAGGACAGGAAGGCAGGCGAGAGAAAGGACCCGGGAGACGUUUUGUAACAGAAGAGGCGAAGUGAAGGAGGAAUGUGAGCGGGGAGAACAGAACGACAGUAUAGCCAAAGGAAGUCAGCCUCAGAUUAAAGACAAAACAGGUAUUUUUCCACAACCGGCCACGGAGACGCACGGCAAGGCAAGAAGACGUUGUUGUUACCGGGAAGAGCGAGGGAAAGGAAGAAUAGAAGAGGAGAGAGCGUAUCUAUAGCCAAAGGAAGUUAACCGAAGAUACAAAACAACGGGAAUUUAACCAAAACAAAAGAAGCAAGAGACAGAAAAGGCCAGACAGCAACGAAGCAAGUAAAUAAACAACAAAUAAGAAGAAAAAACAGACACUUCAACAGGCCAGGAGAGCGAACAAAACAAAACAUAACAAAACAAAAGACCGGGAAAGAAAAAGAAAGAACGAAAAGAAGAAAGAAAAUAAAGAAAAAGAGAAAGCAACACAAACCACUCCAGGAAAAGACAACACAGAACACAAAACAAAGAAAACAAAAACGGGAAACCAGGAAUAAGAAAAAGAGCGAAAGAAGAAAAGAAAACCGAGAAGGAAAACCGUAACACACCGAAACCACCACCCGAGGGGAAUCGAACCCACAGUACCCCCCUACAACACCAUGCCUCUCCGCAACCAACCCGAUACCCUGCAGCGCGCGUCUCUGGUCUCCAUCGCCCGCAAUUUCGACUCGAUCUGUUACCGCGUGAAGAACAGGGAGGAGAUGUGCGCCAUGAUCUAUGACGAGAGUUACCUGCAGGAGCCCGGGCCCUUCCUGCACCUACCCAGCGCCAUCCUGAAUAAGCUGAUGGAGGUGUUGGUGUCGGACUUCCGCUGUCGCCGCCUCAAAAGGACUCACUUCCAUGCUCUUGUACAGCCGCACCUCGAGGAGUUCAAGAUGUCCUCCUCCGACGGGGAGUCUUUCAAUGGGCUCAAGGUUGUGUUGGAGAGAUGCAAGCGCCUCCGUCGGGUCAACGUGUCGUACCUGCGCAACGUGGGGCCCGGGGCUAUGAUGCAACUUGCCGCCAGUCUCACCGAAGUCACCCACCUCAACCUGUCCAUGACGCAGAUAAUUGACCAGGUUCUCGAGUUAGUGGGCCGUCGCUGUCCGCACCUUCGGGAGCUCGACGUCUCCAACACCGGCAUCACAGACUCGGCCCUCAUACGACUUAGCUACGACGAGAAACGCAAGAUGCCACAAUGCCAGAAGCUCGAGAAAGUUAGUGUGACCGGCUGCACGCUCUCCCCCACCGGGCCCGCCUACCUGCUCCACUACCUGCCCCGCCUCUACCAUCUGGACUACGAGCACAUGUUCCAGGUGUUCGACGUCCUGCGGGACUGGGGCGUCACCAAGGACAACGUGACCCAGUGUGAGCCGUACCCGCUGCGCCUCCUCACCUCCACCAGCGACCACAUCGACGCCGCCUCCGUGGAUGUGGCCAUGACGCUGUGCCCCUACGUGCUGGAGGUGACGCUCUCCAACGCCAUCAUCCCCAACGAGCUGCUGUACCAGACGAUGCGGCUGGAGAACCUCGCUCACCUGAGGCUCACCAACUGCGACGACCUGACCCUCAGCUUCCACGAGGGCGUGCUGCCGGUGCUCACGCUCAGGGGGCACAACCUCAUCUCGCUCCUGCUCGCAAACUUCACCGUCGUGGAUUUAGUGGCGAUUGCCGAUUGCUGUCCCAAACUCCAGAACCUCGCCUUCAGCAACAUCACCAUCUACGAGGAGAUCAUGUACCCGCGAGACGACCUCUUCACGACCCUCGUCAACCUGGAGGUGUGGACGACCGUCACCACGGACACCUGCAACAGCGUCAUCCUCCGUCAACUGUUGGGUCAGUGCAAGGGCCUUCAGAACCUGCUGGUGAGGGGCGCCGAUGCCCUCUCCGACAAGCUGCUUCAUGAACUCUGGCGGACCAACCCGAUGCCGCGCCUGUCCCGCCUGACGCUGGAUUCUUGCAACAACGUGACCACCGCGGCGCUCUACCACCUGCUGGAGGAGGACAACCACCUCACGCUGCUCAGAGUGUGGAGCUGCUUCUUCGUCACGCGCCAGGACUACCGCGACCUCUCCCAGUACAUCAAGGACCACAACUUCGACCUCUACCUCGAGUGGUACUGCUGGGACGGCUGACCUGACCCUCCCCAACCUCCUUAGCUCAUCCUCCAGGCCCUUUUUUUCUCCCGUCGCUCCCCUCGUCUUCAAGGGGUGCGUGGACUUAAGGACCCGCAUCAGGGACCUUCCGCAGCGUUGUAGUCACGUCGCGUCGCGCCUCCAGAAGCAUAUUGUUUUUGCUCUGCUCUCCGCGGCGACACGCAGCGGAGUUUGAUUUAGUCUCGUCGCGUGUCUCCCGCCACGGCAGGAGCCUCGCGUCCCGCACGUCUGUCUGUCUGUCUGUCUGUCUGUCAGUGUGCUCGUCUGUCCGUCCACAUCUGUCUUUUAGUUCUCAAUUUAUCGUUUCGUCUGUUAGUUUUUUCCCAAACUUUUUUGUGUGUUUCGUGUGCAGCAUUAGGAUGCGCUCAGCAUGGAAGUGAAGAAGAAAAUAAAUGUAUGCAAGUGUUUAACAAAUAUAUAUCUAAAGUAUUAAAUGCUGCCACCAGUGGAACAGCUUAUUUAUAUAUACAAAACUUGUGAUACACAAAAUAAUAAAUGUACAGACUAUUCCAAACAAAAUAUUCUUCACUGUACAAUAACACAAAGGAUGCCUCCUUAACGCCCCUGGGCCACCUCCGCCACCACCACCACCACAACCGCGCCGCCCCGCGGGUCACCACACUCUCCGGCACACCUGUAGUCGGGGCACCGCGCUGGCCACCACCAUUCAGGCCCCGGACGGCUGGGAGGCACUCAGGCACACACACGCGCACGCGCAGGCAAACACACACACACACACACACACACACACACACACACACACACACACACACACACGCACACACAGAUAAAAAAAAAACAGAGCCUCUUAAAUGGCAAAAUCGAAACGGGGGGAGAGGUAGAAAUAACUUAACCAGAGAGGUAAAACACAACAUAUAAAACAGGGCAGAGAACACACCAAGACAAGCUAAACAACACAACAACAACAACAACAACAGCAACUAUCGCCACCUUCGUCGUCGCCUUCGCCCGCCGCUAAUGAGGUCCGGUCCGGCAGGUAAGAAACAGGUGAGCAGGUAAACACAGCGAGCAGCAGCCUUCCUCCCCUCAGGUGGCUGAUGCGUAUUGGCUAAUCGAUAAUCCAAAGCAAACUCCCAAAAUAAAAUACAUAAAGUGCG